AUGGCGGUCGGCGACGGCCUCAACGACGUGUCGAUGUUCAAUUUGGUGGGCCUGCCCGUAGCCAUGGGAAACGCGUCGGAAGAGGUCAAACGGUACGCCGGAUUCGUUGCCGGGAGUCUGGCAGACGACGGUCUGGCCGAAGCCAUCGAACGCUUCGUGCUCUAG